AUGUCACAUCAAAAUAUAGCUAUUGAUCAAAAUAAUAAUAGUAGCAAGCGAAAGGACUCUGAUCAAAAAUCCAUAUUUGUAUCGAAUAUUUCAUUGGAGAUAACACCAGAAGUAAUUGAUGAACUGUUUCGCAAUUGUGGUGAUAUACAGAGGAUUACAAUUUUAUAUGAUAAAAAUACUCACUCCAACAAAGGAGGACAUGCGUACGUAGAAUUUGAUUCCGUACGUUCCAAGGAAAAUGCAUUAGAAUUAAAUGGGAUAAUUCAUGAAGGACGAAAAUUAAUUAUAAGACCUAAAAGAACUAAUAUUCCUAGAUUCCAAAGGGUUAACUCUAAAUACUUGACCGAUGAACUCCAAUAA